GCUCUCUGCUCCUCCUGUUCGACAGUCAGCCGCAUCUUCUUUUGCAUCGGCAGCCGAGCCACAUCCCUGAGACACCAUGGGGAAGGUGAAGGUCAGAGUCAACGUAUUUGGUCGUAUUGGGCGCCCGGUCACCAGGGCUGCUUUUAACUCUGGUAAAGUGGAUAUUGUUGCCAUCAAUGACCCCUUCAUUGACCUCAACUACAUGGUUUACAUGUUCCAAUAUGAUUCCCUCCAUGGCAAAUUCCAUGGCACCGUCAAGGCUGAGAAUGGGAAGCUUGUCAUCAAUGGAAAUCCCAUCACCAUCUUCCAGGAGAGAGAUCCCUCCAAAAUCAAGUGGGGUGAUGCUGGUGCUGAGUACGUCAUGGAGUCCACUGGAGUCUUCACCACCAUGGAGAAGGCUGGGGCUCAUUUGCAGAGGGGAGCCAAAAGGGUCAUCAUCUCUGCCCCCUCUGCUGAUGCCCCCAUGUUCGUCAUGGGUGUGAACCAUGAGAAGCAUGACAACAGUCUCAAGAUCGUCAGCAAUGCCUCCUGCACCACCAACUGCUUAGCACCCCUGGCCGAGGUCAUCCAUGACAACUUUGGUAUCAUGGAAGGACUCAUGACCACAGUCCAUGCCAUCACGGCCACUCAGAAGACUGUGGAUGGCCCCUCCGGGAAACUGUGGCGUGAAUGUCAAGUAUAG